UCUGGAAAGAAAACUCCAACCGAGAGGCAGGAAGCAACCAAAGGUGCAGAAGAAGAUGGAUGAGUCUGAGAAACAUCUGAUAGAGAAACAACUGUGUGGGGUGACAGAUUUGGUGUGAAGGGAGAAUUGGAAGGCUGAUUGAAGAAGGGGGUGGGGCAGAGUUUGUUUCUGAAGAAGGCAUUUUAACAUUAAAGGGGGGCUGUCUUAUGGCAGCCAUCCAUGGGGAUUAAAAACAACAGCAACAAUACUGGGCAGCAAUAAAGGUGCUUGUCGCCAAGCCUGACAACCUGAAUUCCAUGGGCUCCACAUAGUAGGAGAGACGUGACUCCGCCAAGUUGUCUUUUGAUCUCCACAGUAGUCUGUGAUGCUCACACCCAAACACACACACAAAACAAAUACAUGUAAGUUAAAAAUUUAAAUCCCUGUGCCUACCCCCAUUCACAAAGCUACCUCAGUGGUUCUAAAAGGCGGGGUAAGUAGGGGGGCGCAGCUGCUUCCUUCCUCUACAAGUCUAAGCAAAGUUUUUUGAGGGGAGUCACCUGCAGAGUUGGGGUGAGGUUUUGCUCUCUCCCGUAGCGGAUGAGUUUCCCCAAGGCAGUGCACCGCUAACGUGUCCACUAAGACAUUUUGCUUUUUCCUCCUUUUGUCCCUUUUUAGCGAGAAUUUUCCUCAACCCUCCAGGUGCUAUCCGGAGCCCCGCCUAAGAACUACACUUCCCGCGAUGCCGCAGGAGCAGCAUCCCUGCCUCGGGAAAUUGGGCUGCCCUAAAUGCGUGGCAGGCUCCGAUCAGCACCGAAUCCCGAACCAACCACCGACUCUACCCACGCCACAGCCUCGAAAGAAUUAUUAUUUUUUUCCCCUUUCCUGCCAAAGGCUUCCGUUCCAGCUCCAAUAUCCGACGCCAUUCUUUUCUUGGAAAUGCUUCGAUGGGAAACACAGAUGCACACAAACCGUAAUGGAGCGAACAAAGCGCAUGCGCCCACGGUGUCCGCUCGGGCAGCAAAGAGGCCCGCCAGUCUCCCAGCUCAAUCGCCCCACGCAUGCGCAGAUUAUAAACCAACACCCAGGGAGUUGAGGCGCGGGUUUGCUGGCGCGUUUUUUAGCGAAGUCGCACGUGAAGGAUAGUGGUGGCCGGAGCAGGGCGCAAGCAUGGCAGGCUCAGACAGCAAUCCAUCAUGGAGCAGGCAUCUGUUCAGAGCUGUCCUGCUGGUCUUUGUGGCCCUUCUCCUCGUCCACUCAUCAUCAUCCCAGUCCUAUCGAGACUUUGCCUCACCUGGCCAGCAGAAGAGGGAGGCCUCAGCUGAUCUUUUGACCCAGAUUGGCCGAUCUCUGAAGGAGACGCUGGAUGCCUGGCUAGGGCCGGAGACCAUGCAUGUGAUUUCAGAGACCCUGUUACAGGUGAUGUGGGCCAUCUCAUCAGCCAUCUCUGUGGCCUGCUUUGCCCUGUCUGGGAUCGCUGCCCAGUUGCUGAGUGCCCUGGGGCUGGAUGGUGACCAUCUCACCCAGGGCCUGAAGCUUAGCCCCAGCCAAGUCCAGACCCUUCUGCUGUGGGGAGCAGCAGCACUGGUCAUCUACUGGCUGCUGUCCCUGCUCCUGGGCUUGGUCUUGGCCUUACUAGGGCGGAUCCUGGGGGGUCUAAAGCUUGUCCUCUUUGUGGCUGGCUUUGUGGGACUGGUGAGGUCUGUGCCCGACCCUUCCACCCGGGCCUUGAUGCUCCUGGCCUUGUUGACUCUCUUUGCCUUGCUGAGCCGGCUCACUGGCUCCAGGGGCUCAGGGACCCACCUGGAAGCUAAGGUGAGAGGGCUGGAGCGCCAGAUAGAAGAGCUUCGUGGGAGGCAGAGGCGAGCAGCCAAGGCAACCCGGAGUAUGGAGGAGGAAUGACAGGGAUGUCCCACAGUGACACCCUCACCAUACCAAAGAGCUGAGCUGCUUCUGGGUCUCAUGGCCCUCCUUGUAGCCCCCUGCCCUUUCCUUGCCUGUGUCUGAACCCUUGACACCUUUACCCCUGCACUAGCCCCUAGCUGAGAGAAGAGAACCUGUCCUCUGCAGGUGUUCAGUCAAGGGAUGACUCCCUGCCCUCUCUCUGCUCCCAGCCUGCCUCCCCCAGGGCAGGUUGGAGGGGCCUCAGCUCUGGCUUCUGCUCUCAGCCAGCACCACUGCCCACUGAUCUCCAUGAUGAUUAACCUGCUGCUGCCUGGCUUCCUUACAAAAGGCCUCCCCAGACUGACGCUCCUGUUUGACCACACCCCAGCUCUCUUCUUCCUACUCAGACUCCCAUCACACCACCCUCCCAAGUCCCUCGAGACCCUCACUGUCUUCCUCAUUGCACAGCAGUGGGAAGGGGCAGGAGAUGCUAGACCCGAGGAUAGGGGAGAAACAAGGUCCCCGGAAGCCUGCGCAUCUGGGUUCCAUUACAAGUGCCUUAACGGGAGUCAACAGCACCCUCCAAUUGCCCUUUGCCACACGGAAUGUAGGAAAGUGUGCUAUGGUUACUUUGUGUUCGGAGAGAGUAGUCCCUUGCAGAAUCCCGACUCUUGCAGCCAAAGCAAAGGCUAACUCUCCUGCAGUUGGGGCCCUGCAGGGACUGUCCGAUGUCCUUUGGGGAUUUCAGGGACUUUGAGAAACGCAGGAGGACCCAAUGUCUUGCAUUUCUCCUGUCCACUCUCUGCCAUCCCAAGCAACUGUUGUGUCCCAGCAGCUGGGAAGAGCAUGGCCUUGUCCUGCCUUGCCCUGAUGUGUUCUACAGAGCCCAGGGGGAGCCCGCCACUAAGCCUCUCCACCAGGGCACUUGCUCACUCUUGGCCUUGGCCUUUAGGGCCCUCAUGGAGGGAGGUGUCCUGUGCCAGGUCCAGCACAAGAUGUGAAGAAUAAAUGCCCAUUCUUACUGAUAAGGUUUGAUGUGGAAUCACGGCUGCAGUGGUAUCUAUUUUUAUCAGUGCUUGGUUGGUUUAAAAUAAAGUGCACGCUAUUUUA